AUGGCGUCUUGUGUUUCGACAAAUGCGAAUGAAUCUAAAAAAAACUCAACAAAAACCACUAAUAGUAGUUCAAGUGAAAAUACAAAUGAAGAUUUUACUGUAGUAUGGUUUGAUCAAUAUAUGGAUGAAAUUGAAAAUCAAGAAGAUGUUGAAUUAACAAAAGGUUUAUUAAGACAAUUAAAUUAUUAUGUUUUAUUUUUUACUAAACCUCAAGCAUGCAUUGAUUAUCUAAAAUCUGUAUCGAAAGAAAAAAUUUUUUUAAUUAUAUCAGGCUCAUAUGCAGUUGAACAUCUUGAUAAAAUUCAUUCAUUCAAACAAAUUGAUUCUAUAUUUAUAUUCUGUUUUUGUGAAGAGAAAUAUAUAUAUUUACAAAAGAAAUAUUCCAAAAUAGUUGGUGUAUUUGUUGAACAAACAAGUUUAAUUGAUUCACUCACAAAUAAUGUUGAUUUAGUUACAAAACAAGCAGCUACAUAUGCUUUACUUGAUGGUAAACAAAGUUCAACAAGAUAUUUGACACGAGAAUCAGCUGCAUUUCUUUGGUUUCAAGUAUUAGCUGAUGUUUUGAAAAAUAUAAUAAUAACAGAUAAAAAUAAUAUGGGAAUUCAAGAAAUGCUUGCUCAUUGUCAAGCUUAUUAUCGAGGAAAUCCUGUUGAAUUAAAAUAUAUUGCAGAAUUUAGAAGAAAUUAUAAACCAGAAGAUGCGAUUUUUUGGUACAGUAAACAUUCAUUUGUUUACAGACUGGUUAAUCAAGCAUUGCGCACUGACGAUAUUGAAGUUUUAUAUAUCUUCCGUACUUAUAUAACUCAUUUACGUGAUCAAAUUGCUUGUGAGCAUAGAAAAUUACGUGAAACAUGUAACACUGAAAAAAGGACGAUAAUUCGUGUAUAUCGUGGAAUAAAAAUGACAAAUAAUGAACUUUUUCAAAUGCGUAAUAAUGUUGGUGGUUUAAUAUCAAUGAAUGGAUUUUUUUCAACAAGUCGAGAUAUUGAACAAGCUGUUCAAUUUGCAACUAAAGAAUCUAAAAGACAAGAGGUUGGUGGAGUUGUAUUAGAAAUAACUGGAAAUGUUCGUGGUGAUAACAUGAUUUUUGCUGAUAUUGCUGAACUUAGUGAAUUUCCAGAAGAACAAGAAGUUCUUUUUGAUUUAGCAACAGUUUUUAAAAUUGUUCAUGUGGAAUUCGAUCAAGGAAGAAAGCUAUGGAGUGUGCAAUUAUCAGGUAGUAUUAUAUCUCGUUUUAUUUUCUUUACUUUCAAGUUUCAUUAA